AUGGAAAACAUCACUGACUUCCUCAUGCAUGACGUAAAAACACAAUCGUCAAAACAUCGCAGGUGAGUUGCGUUAGUUUGCUCUUGCAAGCGUCGCGUUUUGCUUUAUCUGUUUCGUUUAUUGACCAGUUAUGUUAUUGUUUUAUGGCUCUUCCUUUAAGCUUUUUGCAGUAGUUAAACUACAUUUUACAAAGCAUCUUACUUUGUUUCAUCCUUCAAUGUAACAACUUACUAAAAUAAUUAUAAAUUACAAACGCAUUGCGCUGUUUUGAGCCAUCUUCUGUGAUGUUUUGUGAUUUCCUUCUUUUGCAAACCAAAACUUUGUAUUGAUUAUCCUCAAACCAACUAACAUUUGAAUUUAAAGGAAAAUAUUCUUUUGUAUACUAAGAGAAUUUAAUGGUUUAAAAGUUCUAUUUCAUUACAACGAUACCUUAUUAUAAUGCCCAUAACUCCAGACAACAGGUAAUUCACACGUACGGACGGUUAACAAGCUACCAUCCAAAAUGCUAAUUUUAGUCAUGUCGCGUGGUCGCUUACGAGGAAUAGCACCACAAGGGGUCUCUUGAGGAAGAUGCCCAAACACAUAUACAUUUUCUGCGAGUUACGAUAUAUGUGUAGUUUCAUGUUGUCGCUAAAAGUCUGAAAAGUUAACAUCACAUUCUCUUGGUAGUGCGGCACAUACAACGAGUAUAUAGAUCAAACCAUGACUUUAAUAAGUGGCCGUUUCCAGAACUGUGAGGAUAAAAACAGUAGAAAAUUCUAAGGCCGUCAUCCAAGAAAGUUUUCGCGGUCGCUUACGAGAAGAUCCAAACUGUUAAUGAUUUAAGUGGGAAAAAUUUUUUUAUUUUGGAUAGGUAGUCGCGGAAAUGGUCGCUUACGAGAGGUGGUCGCACUCGAAUGUUCGACUGUAAACAUUUAUACGGUUUGCUCAAACUAGCAAAGACGUGAAGAAAUGAUGUACGUGUAUUGGCUUUGAAUUGUCGUUUGAUCAAUCGUACUUAGACUAUGACGGUUCAAGUCUGAUGUAUUUUCUUUUCUCACAUCAUUUCUCAUCAAUUCAAGUACCUAUACCAUAAAAGUGAAAAAAAGCUCUUCAACACGUGCUUGGAAAAACCAAAAGGUCAAAUUGGUUUCAUAGGUUUUUGUUUUUCCUUUCUGAGGAUAUUGCGAUUUUAAGAUAAGACUGGCAGUAAAUAUUAUUGGUUUAAAAUAAUAUUAUUUUCUGAAGUGCCUGACAGUUAUGACAGUUAUUGACCCCGGUAUGCUGGAUUAACAUUUUUUGCAAAAUAUUAGUUCAAUGCAAAUUGCUUACGCCUCGCAAAGAUCUAUUUUUUCUUUUUAUAUCUCUGGUUGACAGGCAAGACUAUCGGAUUUUUUUUUUCAAUUUCAAGCUUUUCUUGCAGUCUGUUGCGGGUGUCCUGUUUUUGACUGUCAAGUUUUUGUACAAAAGCACAGCUGGAAAUGAAAACGGCCUUCAAAAAGGCGGGAUGAAGUGGCGAUCAAAAAAGUUUUUUUCAAGUUUGAAGUGAGCAGGCAGAUGUUAAGUACCUGUACUAAUUUAGUAGUUUCGGGCAAUUCGAGAGCCCAAGUACCUGAGCAGAUUUUAUCGAUCUCACCAAUACGGAAGUUUCCUACAGGUGAAGUUUACUACGUGAAAUUGGAACCUAGGAUUCUGACAGCGUUAAAACCAAGGCCAAGGUUGGCCAAGGUGGCCGCGCAUCUUGCAGGCAUAAUGCAAUUCUUGCCCUUGACUCAUAGCUGAGUCAAUUCCAAGCAUUCCUCGCCAUCAUGCCUCCGGCUUUUGUGCAUGUAUCCCAGGGAAGCGUAAUUGCCAUCAAAGGUGCCCCCGGGGUUGGGGAAUCAUUUAUCAUCGUUGAGUUUCCGCAUAUGGCAUAUAAAGAGAACGUAAGCAUAAGCUUAUUUUAAAAAGAAAUAAAAGUUCACUCUCCGCGUUGAAAUCUCCAUUAACCCGUAGUAGCCAGCGGUAAAUAAGAGUAAUCACGACCACGCGCACUGCAUGACAUUUUGGAGAUAAGAUCGAGAGCAUCAGAGCUUCCUCUCCUCUCGCGUGCCUCCCUCGCGCGCCCCGUUUUUUCUUGCGCCUAAAUUACUUCAGUUUGUUAUUUUCUUUUGCAAGUAAGGGCUAUUGUUUUUUAAACAUCAGGAGGAUUGACAUAUUUACAUAAAAAAACAAGAAUGAAAUGACUUCUGGCAGGGGCCCAUAAUUAUGGGUCUAUGGGCUCCUUGAUUCAAAUGUCAUCGUGAAUGAACCUGUUUGUGGCAAUACACAGACAGGUUUAACUUGUGAAGUGACACUUUUGAAAGAAAAGUGAUUUUCUUGUUUUGAGCGAUGGAGGUAAAAUUGUGGACUGUCAAGACCUUCUACAGUGGGAUCCAUCCAAACAGAAAUAUCCGGAAACUGUAAGGUCUCGGAUACUGCUCUGUUUUAGUUGAUUUUCGUUUAACACUCAGUUGCAGUUAGUUUUUUUUUCUUAGAGUUAAAACUGUUUCGUUCAUUUAUUCACUGUGUGGGAUGUGUUUAUUGAGACCUCAAAAGCCUCGAUAUGGUUGGUAUGGGCUGGUCCGAGUGGUUUUUCAGCUUUUCGGAGGAAAAAUUACAAAUUGUCGACAAAUACCCGAGAAAGUGGUUGAGGAAUUGUAUGGUCGCGUACGCUAGGAAUUAACUGAGCUUAUAUAAGGCACAUCAUAACUCCAUCGUUUUUAUCUCGUAAUUUUGCAAAAAAGCUCAAUUGAUAAAAAUAAAUAAAAAAACAUCGUUUAUUCCACUCUUUGCAGUAAAAUACAACUGAAUUGUCAAGUGCUAAAAUUAACAAUUUCGAUGCUAUAAUAUACAAAAUAUUAUGAAACUAGUCUAAAAAUUUAAAGGUAAUAAUAUCAUUCGCUCUUUUGGUUCUAGUGUAAGGGCGGAAAGACUUUUCAUGGCCAGAUCUAAGAUCAUAUGGUACAAUAAUAACUUCAUGACAAGUAACCUCCAUUCAGAGAUGAACCUGCGACUUAUAGCAAAUCGUCUUUUCUCAAGACUCUCAAGGCCAGAGAAGGACAUGUACUGAGCUUCAUCAUAACUAUAGUCUGGGAAACAAUCUUAGGGGCUCGUUUUUGUAUAGACUCGAACUUGACAGAUAAGUACGCUGGAAUAUCUUGCCAUGCUGGGACAGCAUAUUGAUCUAUUCUGACACAGCACUUAUAAAUAUUGAUAAUAUUGCUGCCAGCUACACCAGCUCAUUUAAGCACCCUUAACGUAUACAAUCAUUUGGCGGCUUUAUCAUGAUAAAUAUAAUCAACGUGGUCGUUCCAUUUAAGAUCGUGCCUAAUUUUUACACCAAGUAAUUUAAAGGUCGAAACACGCUUUAAUUGGUAAUUUCCGAUGUUAUUAGGCUCUUGCUCAAUACAAAAAUUAUGUGUCUCUAACAGCCAAAUUCAAAACGCUAAUGGAGUGACGUGGUAGGACUUCUAAAACUGUAGUAUCAUCUACGUAUUUAGCUAGUCUUUAGCUCUUAUAUUCCAUGCCGUCGCGUAAAAGUCUAUUUAUCAUAACUUAAGAACAGUGUCACCCCCAUCUUAGUCCCUUGGGGUAUACCGCCAUGCGGGUGUUUCCACUCGUGAUGCCCAUAUCAGGGAUUACGACUAUUUUACAGUGCUGCGCGACUGUACAAAGUACAGUGCAGUAGUGCAGUUGCGUAGAAGGCUAUUUAUGCCCAGUAAACUCGAAUUCCAUAUAGAUAUUAAUAAUACUUCCCAAAAAGUGAGAAAAAAAUGAGAAAGUAGAAAAAAUAUUAAAAGGCCAGGGCCAAAACGUUGACCUAUAUCAUUAUCUCCUUAUUGGUGGAAUGGGUUAAGUUCAGUUUGAAGUGUUUUAAUAAGUUUACGUGGGUCAUUGAAAUAAACCGGUGAGGCUCGUUGUGGCUAAAGUUUAAACAUAAAAUUUUAUUUCGUUUCUUUUCUUUCUACGCCUCUACCCCCUCGCUUGUUUUUUUCCUUCUUGCUUCUCUUUACGCCAUUUAUAUCCCCGUGAUCUCAGCGCCUGAACCAGGCUUAGAUAUUAGCGCUCAAAUGGUGCUUUUGCAGUGCCUGUGACUUGAAGUAUAUUAAUUUUUUGGUAUGAAGAGCCAGGCGAACGUCUAACCAAGUCUUUGCCUCUGUCUCUGAUAGCCUUCUCUUUCUUUCUGUCAGUUGCACGGAUUACUUUGAUGCAGCCGUCACAGAGGCGUUUCAGAAAAAGAGAUCAUCCGUACGCAUUCUGGAUGCAGGUGCAGGACAAGGUUUAACAGCAUUCUACUUGCGUUCACUGGGUUACAACAACAUUGACGCAUUAACGGUGUCUAAAGAGAGACUGGAUAAUGCUGAAGGAAGUGGCCUCUACAGAAACCUACUUUACACGCCACUCAAAGCCCAGUCAACGCUUUGUGCGACGGGUGCGUUUGAUGCCGUGAUUUGCGCGGAUGGCGUUUUUCCCAAUGAAGUUAACCCUGAUGCCUUGGACGAAAUGUUGCGUCUUGUUAAGCCAGGUAAAGAAACAAAGCUUCAGUAGAUUCCUUUGGUUGUUACUGUUCGAUUUCUUCUUUUAUCAUUGCUAUACUGACAAAAAUUCUCAAAACUUAUUGGCUAUAAGCUGUCCUGAUUUCAACAUUAAUAGGACAGUAUAAUUGAACAAUACGCGCCAUCGCCCACGCACUGGACAAAUUUUUACUAAAAUUUUUGUCGUCCAAUUCGUUAUUAAACAAAUCGGGAUUCCAAGUAGGCAGUCGUCCGAUUUUAUAAAUCACUUGUAUGAUUACAGACCUAUUUGGACUCUGCUCAGUCCUGUUACCAUUAUAUAAAGUAUAAAAAACUGAAUACGAAGCUGAGUUCUUUCACAGCUGGUUAGUUGGUCCAGCCUUACACGUUUAUUUUGGACUCAAGAGAGCACUAGACUCAAACCGAGACCAAAUCCCAUAUGCUGUAAAUUGUCAUGAUCAUACAAUGAGUUCAGCAGCACAAAUGGGAAAGGGACUAUUACUGAGCCAGCAGCGGCGCGCUGACGAGUCCCAGCGAGGUUGAAGUAGUCGUCCACGCCUGAUUACAGGGCUAUCAGGAGCCAUCAGUUGGAGCACUUUUACCCGCGAAAAUGGAAGUUCCGUCUGUCUAUGAGCGCAUUCGAAGGCAAGGGUAAGAUAUCAAAAGGAAAAACUAAACGCCGUCAAGUGGUCAAAAUUACCAUUAUUAGGUCUGUAGGUUUUUCUGACUGGUUUGUGGUACUCAAAAGAUAUUUGCUCUGUCCAUGUGUUAAAUUGUUUUUCGUUGUUGUUUGUUUGUUUGUUUGUUUUUUCAGGUGGAAUUGUUUGCUUCACUAUGAACGCAGCUCAGUUUGAUCUUCCCCACGACAGCUUCAGACUCAAAUGCGAGGAACUGAUUACCAGUGGAAAGUGGAAAAUAAUGUCCCAGGGAAUAACAUCCCUCGAAACGGGAGAAGAAAACGAUAACAAAUAUGACGAGUCUCUCUCCAGCGAAAGCUAUGUUUUAGUUUUUAUGGUUAUAGAUAACUUUUGA